AACUUUUUUCUGCUACCACCAUCUCAUCCCGUCAUCCCGUCAUCCCGUCAUCCUGCAUCCCCAAAAACCCAAACAAGCAACAGCAACAGCAACAGCAACAGCAACAGCCCUCCCUCCAGCUGCGCCCAACGCCAGCUGUGUACUCCGGGGCUUCCCAAAUGGUUGAUGAUGGCUGGUGUGCCUGUGCCUGUGCGUAUGUGCAGUAUGUACACUAUGUGUGUGUGGUGUUUGGUGUUUCCGCCCGAUGGAGCCCCAUUGUUGUUGUGCUUGCAUCAAGGUCCGAAGCGAAAACGCAACGUGCUCAUCCAUCCCCCUCCCCUCGUGGCCGCCGGCGAAGAUUCAAUUAUUAACAGAAAAGGGCCAGCCGCAAGGUCUUGACGCGCCAUCGCCCAUGCCCUGUCCACCGGAUCAAGUCACCUCCUAGUUAAAGAGCAAAUUUUUUUCCCCCUGUUUCCCCUCUUGCUUUUGGCCCUGCCCACCAAAUCCUGAGUCGAAACGCGACUCGACUCGACUGUUGUAGUUGUGAUUGUUUCGCCUGCCUCAAGGAUACCUGACUUACACAUCCUCCGUCAUCAAUCGGCAGACACCGCCGCCUGCACGGCCCACAACGACACGGCUUCGCUUGUCCGUUUCCAGUUGGUCAAACCAUCCGCCACACGGACUGGCUGGCACCGGCAUCGAAAGCUUUGAUGCUCCUCAACUGAGAACCGAGAUCAAUUGAGGUCAUCCGGUCUUCACCACCUUCUGCCCUUGACCAGAAGGCGUUGGAUCCUUCUCCUGGUCCAUCUGCACUUCCCAUCCAACCCCUCUUCCGUCCUGUCUCUCUCAACUUGGCAGCCAGCCUGGACUUUCUGCUCCGAUCGUCUUACCUUCUCCAUAAGGUUCGACUUCACAUAAGGCGACCCCAUAUCUCUCGCUCGCUCUGCAUGCGAGCCCUUGUUGCCUGCAAGCAAAAGAGCCGCCCGACGACACAAGCAGAAGGCCAUUUGGACGAAACGGCAUCAUCCAAGACCCCAAGCACCGUCACCUGAUCCGUCCACUACCCACCACACCGUGCAGCUCUUCCUCUUUUCACCCUCUGCCUUUCCAUACACCGCUGUGAAGAAUCAUUCCCCCCGAAACCAGCCAUCAGCCAUCGGAUCUCCACGCCGAAAUUCCCCCUUGCUCGUUCGCUGGCUUCAGUCUCCCCAAACGACCAGCCCACGAGGCGUCCCAGCCAGCGACAGCACGACACUCAAGCAACACCUCAUCCUUUCACACAGGGUCACGGUCAACCACUGCUUCUUCUGAUUGGUCGAUUCCCCGGCACCCUGAGUGGUGGGUGUAUUUGCAUGCAGAUUAAACCAUCGGUGGACAACCCGACGACGACGACGGCGGCAGCAAAUCCAGCGAGCACGCACACCCGCAUUACCCUGACGAAAGUGUCCCGACUGGGCAAGUCGACUUAUAGCAGUUGGUCAUUUGACUGAGACCGGCAGGGGACGUCAACACACAAACACACGCACACGUUCUACCGCACACUCUCACUGCCACUCUCGCUGUCACUCAUCACUCUCACGCCUCACUAUCAUACACUCACACGUCUCACUCGCUAUUGCUCACACACACACACUUGUUAUCUCUCCCACAACCCUCAGCUACAACGCUACGGGACGCACAUCUAUCCGCACACCAUCGACUUGCCGUCUCGUCCACUUACAGACACCCCCCUCCAUCAUUCUACAGCUUCUGCAGCUGCCAACGUCCAACUCUUGGGCACUUAUCUCAGGAACACCCGGGGCAAGGACGAGACAGUGUGCAACAAGGCCCCGGGAUAUCUCUCUCCUGACCUGCGGGUUUCUGCCUCAUCCUCGUUCCGACGAAUUUCCCUUAUCAGCAUCGGCGAGUGUAUCCUAACUUGUCCUCUUCUUGUCUCUCCCGCAUUUCCACACCCCCUACCACCAUCACCGCCUCCGCCGACGAACGCAGCCUAGCCUGUCGUCCGUUCAUUCCCCCGGAUCUUUUGAUCGACCUUUUGUCCUGAAAAGGCGUGCGUCCAUCUCUUAGAUCUUGGCUUUCCUGGCGGCUUGCUGGGGUCAACCCCGCCAUCGACCAAAAAAAGGAGCUGCCAUUUCGAUAACGGUGUUUGCUACUUAUCUAUUUCGCCAUUUGCUCCUCUCAACCACACCCCUCAGGGUUCUUGAAUCAUUGCGGCCCAGGAACCGCAUUUCGAUUAUUACUUCCUCACCCCCCCUCGCGAACUCACCCCGUCCGUCACCUCACUUCACCUCGUCCUUUUCACUGGCACGACACCCUUACUCAAGUCUGUUUCUGUCUACGCGCCGCCUCCUACGAAGUACAUUGUCCUCGCGUGCGCAAAGGCCAGUCCGGAGACCAGGCCUGCACUUGGCCCGUUCAGUCCUCCCCUAUUUUGCGAUAGCCCUCCGGCCUGCUAUAGGUUCGAGGUAGCAUUUUUUACGUAUCGGUUUGUCAUUGUCGAUACUUCUCUUUCAAAACGGGAAACAAAAGGAAGAAGGAAAAGAAAGAAGAAAAAAACAUUCCCAUCAACCCCGACUCUUGCGACGAAGCCGCUUUCGGGGCGCACACCCAACCCAGCCCAGCUCGGCCCAGCAGCAGCAGCAGUAGCAGCACAUCGCCCUUCUUGUUAUUCUCCACAGGCCCAACCAAGACCGCACUUACACCCUAGGUUCCUACAGCGCUUUCUCUGGGGGACAAAAUAGCGGGGUUGACGACAAGCCCUUGCAGCAACCCUUUUUCCCGAACUCAUCAAAUCCUUUCCUGCGCUGCCACUCUCUCUCCCAACUCGGUCGGUUUUCUACUCUUCCUGCUCUUCCCCGCAAGAGCAGUUCCUGUCGGAGACUUCUAAAUGGUCACCCUGAUGCCUUCCCAACUCAACGGGAUUGGGAUCCCUAUCCGGCCCGCCAAACAGCAGCAGCAGCAGCAGCAGGAUCCCUCAAAUCACCACUAUCACGGUGACUCGGCCGUGUACAGCACCACCAGGACGCACAAGCACUCCCGCUCCUCCUACUCCGAGUCGUCACCCUUGGCCUCGUCAAGAAACAACUCCCUGACGUUCCGCCCUUUCAAGCGCCCGAUGCCCACCCCUAACAAGACGAUCGCCGUCAUCAACGCCAGCGGUCGCCAGGCUGCCUCUUUCAUCAGGGUUGCCACCGCCGUAGGCUACCAUGUCCGCGCCCAGCUGCGGAACCUCGAGGGCGUCGUGGCAACAGAGGUCAACUCAAAUCCCAACGCCACCGUUCUCGUCGGUGAGCUGUACACGAGACACAAGCCCACCCCGGACAACAGGGACGUGACCACUAACGGCCCCAUCUCCGGUGUUGGUGUAAAUCACGACCUGAUCAAGGAGCUCUUCCGUGGCACCCAGCUGGCCUUCAUCAACACCACCUUCUACGGCGACGAGCUGGAAAUCGGAAAGGCGCUUGCCGAUGCCGCCAAACGGGCUGGUGUUCAGCACUACGUCUACUCCUCCAUGCCGGAUCACGCAGCCUACAACGCGGACUGGCCGUCGCUGCCCCUCUGGGCUGCCAAGCACCAGGUAGAGGAGUAUGUGCGCUCCAUCGAUCUGCCUUCGACGUUCGUCUACACAGGCAUCUACAACAACAACUUUACGUCGUUGCCGUACCCGCUCUUCUGCAUGGAGCUUCAGCGCGACGGGUCCUUCCGGUGGCAAGCCCCUUUCCACGAGGAUGUGAAACUGCCAUGGCUCGAUGCCGAGCACGAUGUCGGCCCUGCCAUUCUGCAAAUCUUCAAGGACGGCGUGGCCAAGUGGCGUACGAAGCGCAUUGCGCUGGCGUGGGAGAUGCUGACUCCACGCGAAGCUUGCGAGGUCUUCGCCCGAGGCGUUGGGCGCCCUGUCAAGUACGUUCGAGGUCCGAUCGACCUGAAGGUCAAGAUCCCCAAUGGGUACCGCCAGCAACUCGAGGCACUGGAGAAGCUGUUCUCGCUUGGCCACCAGGACCCCAAGAAGCAGCCUCCGUACUUUGGCGACGUCGAGCUGGAGGACAACUGUCUCUCCCAGUCCAUGGCGCUGUGGGAAGGUCCGCGGGGUCUCGAGGAGUACGCGCAAGAAGUCUUUCCCCUUGAGGAACAGGCCAAUGGCUUGACAUGGAUGUUGGAGGAAGAGGAAGAUGUGCCCGAGGAGGAGGCCGUGCCGGCCGCCCGUCAGAGAGAUCAACAGGUGGAGCAGGCAGAAGAGGAAGAGGAGGAAGAGGAAUACUCGGACGACGAGGAUGGUUUGGUCAUGAGAGGCCUCAAGAGAGACGAGGAGGAAUGGCUCGCAUAAGGUAUCUC